AUGCCUCAACUUCUUAGCAGCAUACUCAACGUGUCCAAGGUGUUCCAGACGUAUGCCAAACAGAACGGGGAAUGCAGUUCACUGUGCAAGAAGGAGUUCAAGCAGCUGCUCUUCACUGAGUUGGGAGACAUACUCCGGAGACCAAAUGACCCAGAGACUGUGGAAACCAUUUUGGAUCACUUAGACCGAGACAGAAAUGGAUAUAUUGACUUUCGUGAAUACCUGUUGUUGGUGUUCCAACUGGUCCAAGCCUGCCAUCAUAAGAUAGAUAGUAAGUUGUGUGGAGAUAGAACUUCACCAAAAGAAAGAAGACGGGAAGGAACACAGAGACAUGAGUUUUCAGGAAACACAGACAGACAACACAGGCAGAGGCAUGAGGCAGAAAGAGAGAAUUCCCACAGCAGUCAGUCUGAGGGACAAGGUGAGAGUGUGCAACAUGAUAAGUCUCAGAAACAAGACAGGGACUCACACCUUGGUCACUUUGAGAAGCAAGAUUCAGACUCUAACUAUGAUCAUUCUGAGAGACAAGACACAGAUUAUAGCUCUGAUCAGUCUGAGAAAGAAGAUCAACACUCCAGCUCUGGUCAAAAAGCUAGUUAUAAAUCUAGCAGUGACCAGUCUAAAAGUCAAGGGCACAUUUUUGCCUUAAAUCAGUCUGAGCAAUUAGCUCAGGUUCCUUAUUAUGGUCAGUCCAAAAGAUUUGGACAACAAAUCAGCCAUGGCCAGCCUAGAAGACUCAGACAAGACUCUUGGUCUAGCCAGACCAGUCAACAAGGAUCUAGUUCAUAUGAACAAUAUGGAAGGCAUCAGGAAUCAGGCCACAGUCAGACAGACAGACAAGGACAGAGUUCCCACUAUGGUCAGACAGACAGACAAGGGCAGAGUUCUCACUAUGGUCAAAUAGACACACAAGGCCAGGUUUCUCACUAUGGUGAGACAGACAGACAAGGACAAAGUUGUCACUAUGGUGAGACAGACAGACAAGGCCAGGAUUCUCACUAUGGUCAGACAGAUGGACAAGGACAGAUUUCUCACUAUGGUCAGACAAAUGGACAAGGACAGAUUUCUCACUAUGGUCACACAGACAGACAAGGACAGAGUUGUCACUAUGGUCAAACAGAUGGACAAGGCCAGGUUUCUCACUAUGGUCAGACAGACAGACAAGGACAGAUUUCCCACAGUGGUCAGACAUACAGACAAGGACAGAGGUCCCACUAUGGUCAGACAGACAGACAAGGACAGGUUUCUCACUAUGGUCAGACAGAUGGACAAGGACAGAUUUCUCACUAUGGUCAGACAGAUGGACAAGAACAGAUUUCCCACUGUGGUCAGACAGACAGGCAAGAACAGAUUUCCCAUGAUGGUCAAACAGACACACAAGGCCAGGUUUCUCACCAUGAUCAGACAGAAAGACAAGGACAGAUCUCUCACUAUAGUCAGACAGACGGACAAGGCCAUAUUUUCCAUCGUGGUCAGAUAGAUGAACAAGGACAGAUUUCCCACUAUGGUCAGACAGAUAGACAAGGCCAGGUUUCUCACUAUGGUCAGACAGAUGGACAAGGGCAGAUCUCCCACAGUGAUCAGACAGACAGACAAGGACAGAUCUCUCACUAUAGUCAGACAGACAGACAAGGGCAGAUCUCCCACAGUGAUCAGACAGACAGACAAGGACAGAUCUCUCACUAUAGUCAGACAGAUGGACAAGGCCAUAUUUUCCAUCGUGGUCAGAUAGAUGAACAAGGACAGAUUUCCCACUAUGGUCAGACAGACAAACAAGGACAGAGUUCUCACUAUGGUCAGACAGACAGGCAAAGACAGAUUUCUCACUAUGGUCAGACAGACAGGCAAGGACAGAGGUCUCAGUAUGGUCAGACAGACAGACGAGGACAGAGCUCUCAGUAUGGUCAGACAGACAGACAAGGACAGAGCUCUCAGUAUGGUCAGACAGACAGACGAGGACAGAGCUCUCAUUAUGGUCAGACAAACAGACAAGGACAGAGCUCUCACUAUGGUCAGACAGACGGGCAAGCCCAAAGUUCUCACUGUGGUCAGUCACAGAUUGGGAAAACUGAAAUUCAAGGGCAAAACAGGUACUUCCAAGGGACUGGGGGAACAAGAAGAGAUUCGUAUGUUGAACGAUCUGGAAAGUCAGGGAGACUAAGUCGCCAGACUUCAGGUGGAGAAGUGAAUCAAACCCAGAGACAGAGAGUCUGGUCUAGAGGGGAGCAGCAAACCAGUUACCAAACACGGACGCCUGAGAAGAAUAAUCAGCACAAACUCUUAGCUCAAAUCCAGCAAGAAGAGCCACACUUCCACAAAGAGAGAGACUGGCAAUCAGACAGCAGUGAGCAGGGCCACUGGGCAGAGGAAGAGCAUCAUCAGUGCUGGGGAAGGCACAGUCAUGAGGAUCAGGAAAGUCUAUGUGAGAUCCAUGACAGGAAAACCCAUGAAGAGAAGCAAAGCCAUCAGACAAGAGAUGGGAAAACUCAUGGGGAUGAGCAGAACUACCAGAGACAGCACAGGAAAACUCAUGAAGAAAAGCAACAUCAUUAUCAACAACAGGGUAGACAAACCCAUGAAGAUGAGCAGAACCACCAGAGAAAACACAGGCAAACCCACAAAGACCAAACUUGUCACCAAGAGUGGGAUAAACAAACCAAUGAAGAAAAAGAGAGGCAUCAAGCGUCCCAAGAUCAACAAUCCAAAGGCUAUUCCAGCAGAGAGAAAUCCCACAUGAAUGAAGAUAACCAGAGCCUCACAGGGAAGUGGCUCACAGAUGACAGUGGUUCACAGGGAAGACAUUUUCAUCCAACCCAGAGUGGUGGGAGGUCCCAAAGAAGAAAACAAGCUGGAAACCACGUCACCAAGGUAGCUAAUAUCCCCAACCCCCUCUAUGACUAUGUACGAGAGCAGACGUCAUAUCAGCACUAG